GACUCGGACCGCGGCACCCUUGCGCACAAAGGAAAUCCUCCCAAGCACCAUAAGGGAGUAGAAGUAAACUAUGCUCCCUCGGGAGCAUGGUAUAUGCACCCGAGCAGAGCAGAGAAUAUUCAAAGUUCAAGGGUUAAUGUAGCCAUUGUCACCGAAAAAGGAAUAUUACAUGGUAUCCUCCGUUUUAUCCCGGAAAUUAGUUUUGUUAUGUUUUUUGUUCUUUUCUUGUUGCAGGAGAAACCUGCGAUUUGUUUUAAGCGGCUGAAGUCCCCUCACUCUCUCUCUACAGUUUCUUUCCAGAACACUCUGCAAAACUCUCAUUGUCACUUCAUUACCUCGUAAAACCCUAGUUUUUCUUUUUCCAUUCUUGAGCUGUUCACACUUAGAAGGCUUAUUCUUGUGAAAAGGAUAAAAAGCCCCAUCAAAAUUGGAUUUUACAGUAAAUUCCAGUGAUUUCAUGUGAAAUUGAACCUUUGGCCCGAGAUUCUGGGAAUUUUUCUUGAAGAAACAAAAGAAGAGGUUCUUAUCAUUGUUAGCUAAGCAUCUCAACAAAGACGAAAAACCAAGUAUCCAAUGGCGCUGUUACUCCCAGCUUCUUUCACCAUUAGUCCCUUAAUAAACCACAUCGAACCCAUCCAACCCUUAACUCAAUGUGCCUUUCUUUCCUCUCUCCAAACCUCUAGUUCCUCUUUUAAACAUCUAAACGCACAAAGAAGAAGAAAGAGCCUCACACUUAAAGCCUCGGCUGCAACCACAACCCCAACAAAGAAGCCAGAAACCACCCAUCUUUCUUCCUCUUCUGAAACCUUCAAGCCCAAGCGUGUAAUGGUCAUUGGUGGCGAUGGCUAUUGUGGGUGGGCCACUGCCCUCCAUCUCUCUAACAAAGGUUAUGAGGUAGCCAUAUUAGACAACUUAGUUCGGCGACACAUAGAUGAACAGCUUGGUAUCCAUUCUCUCACCCCAAUCUCAUCUAUCCAUGUAAGGGCCAAGAGGUGGGCUCAACUCACCAAUAAACAUAUCCCUCUCUUUAUAGGCGAUAUAUGUGACUUUGAGUUUCUAUCUGAAGCUUUCAAGGCCUUCGAGCCAGAGGCUGUGGUCCACUUUGGGGAGCAGCGAUCAGCUCCAUACUCGAUGAUCGAUCGAGGGAGGGCGGUGUAUACCCAACACAAUAAUGUGAUAGGGACUCUCAAUGCUCUCUUUGCAAUUAAGGAAUUCUCAGAAGGGCAGUGUCAUUUGGUGAAGUUGGGCACGAUGGGGGAGUAUGGAACCCCAAAUAUCGACAUAGAAGAAGGGUAUAUUACAAUUACACAUAAUGGGAGGACCGAUACUUUGCCCUAUCCGAAGCAAGCGAGCUCAUUUUAUCACUUGAGCAAGGUGCAUGAUUCCCAUAAUAUUGCAUUUGCUUGCAAGGCUUGGGGUUUGAGGGCCACAGAUUUGAAUCAGGGGGUGGUGUACGGAGUGAGGACUGAGGAGACUGCAAUGCAUGAGGAGCUAUGCAAUAGGUUGGAUUAUGAUGGGGUUUUUGGGACUGCUUUGAACAGGUUUUGUGUGCAAGCUGCUGUGGGUCACCCACUCACUGUCUAUGGAAAAGGUGGCCAGACCAGAGGUUACCUAGACAUCAGGGAUACAGUCCAAUGUGUUGAGCUCGCCAUUGCCAAUCCAGCAAAGUCAAGUGAAUUCCGAGUCUUUAAUCAAUUCACCGAGCAAUUCUCAGUAAACGAUCUCGCGCGAUUAGUCACAAUUGCAGGGAAGAAAGCAGGGCUUGAAGUCCAAACAACCUCAGUACCUAACCCAAGAGUAGAAGCUGAGGAGCACUAUUACAAUGCUAAGCACACCAAGCUCAUGGAGCUAGGGCUUGAACCCCACCUCCUUUCUGAUUCACUAUUGGACUCGCUCCUCAAUUUCGCAAUGCAAUACAAAGACCGAGUUGACAUGUCUCAAAUCAUGCCUGCCGUUUCAUGGAAAGCUAUUAGUGCGAAGCCAAAAGCUGCACCUACCACCAUAGUAUCACGAUUGUGGUGAGAAAUGUCAAUGUCUGAAAUUUGAGAAGAGCUGAUGUUUACGUCAAGCUGUGGAAUAUGGAUCGAAGAUCUGCCUAUGUAUAUUUACAGAGGUCAAUAGUGUAGGUUGACUGAUCUGUAAGAUGUACUAAACUACUAGUAAAUUUCCCCUUGUUAAUGACUCUCGAGGGCAGGAAAAUAAUAUGUUUCUUCUUUGGCAUUCUUGU